ACAAGAAGGACAGGAACAGCCACCAGGUUCCUCAAUUCGCUGCGCUGUGGACGGUUCUCAAUUGCGCUCUGAUAUAACGAUGCGACGAUUAUUGUCUGCCUUACCUUUUAUCUAUUUCUCUUUGCCUUAACCACCCAUCAUUAUUCGAGUCUUCAAUCCGUCCCUCCGUCCUUGAUCUUCAAUAUAGCUGUUCCGCCUCAGGGGCCAGGAGAGCUCCGCCAUCCCCAAUCAUGGCGCGCGUCGGCCGUGCCGGUUUCUUGAUCAUUGCGGCGGCUUUCCAUCUGAUGUACCUAUAUUCCAUUUUUGAUAUCUACUUCGUCAGUCCUAUCGUCAAUGGCAUGCGAUCACACGCCGUCGCGCGAGAUCCCGGAACAGAAGCACCCGCAAAACGUCUCGUUCUUUUCGUCGGCGAUGGCCUUCGUGCCGACAAAGCUUUCCAAUCGUUCCCAGAUCCUUCCCCUCCGGCUGGUCUAGACCCCAAGGAUAACGUACCGAUUCGUCUUGCGCCUUUUGUUCGGUCGCGUGUGCUAAACCACGGCACCUUCGGCGUCUCGCAUACCCGUGUUCCCACAGAGUCUCGACCUGGUCACGUUGCGCUCAUUGCUGGUUUAUACGAAGAUGUAUCUGCUGUGAUGACGGGAUGGAAGCUGAAUCCGGUAAACUUCGACAGUGUUUUCAAUCGCAGUCGGCAUACGUGGAGUUGGGGUAGCCCGGAUAUCCUUGCAAUGUUUAAAGAAGGCGCAGUUCCGGGCCGUGUGGACGCAGACAUGUAUGAUGAAGAGGAUGAGGAUUAUACCAAGGAUGCCACUCUUCUUGACUCCUGGGUAUUUGAUAAAGUCAAUGGUUUAUUUGCUGAAGCGAAGAAGAACCCAGAGCUCAAUUCCAAGCUGAGAGAAGACAAGAAUGUCUUUUUCCUCCAUCUGCUUGGACUGGAUACUACUGGCCACUCUUAUCGGCCUUAUUCAAAAGAGUACCUGGAUAACAUCAAGAUUGUUGAUAAGGGCGUGGAGCAGAUCACUCAGUUGAUUGAUAAUUUUUACAACGAUGGAAAAACCGCCUAUGUCUUCACAGCUGAUCAUGGCAUGAGUGAUUGGGGUAGUCAUGGCGAUGGACAUCCCGACAAUACACGCACGCCGCUGGUAGUCUGGGGCUCCGGUGUCGCACAGCCGAAACCUGUAAAGGAAGGCCAGCGGACCGGGCACGAAGACGGAUUCUCCUCUGACUGGGGAUUCGACCAUAUUCAAAGACACGAUGUGGAUCAAGCCGAUGUUGCUGCCCUUAUGGCCUAUCUGGUCGGAGUAGACUUUCCUGUGAACUCGGUCGGUCGACUGCCACUAGAGUAUAUCAACGCUACGCCGCGCGAAAAAGCACUAGCGUCUUGGGCUAACACCCAGGAAGUUCUAGAAAUGUAUCGAGUCAAGGAAACCCAAAAGAGCCAAAACCAACUCAAAUUCAAGCACUUUGCGCCAUUGGGCCAGGAAAGGCUUGCUAGCCGUGUGUCAGAAAUCGAACAACUGCUCUCGGAAGGCAAAUUCGUAGAUUCCAUUGAGGCAUCGGCAGAGCUCUUAACAACGGCACUUGAAGGCCUCCGGUAUCUGCAGACAUACGAUUGGCUUUUCCUACGAACGAUCGUUUCUGCGGGGUACUUGGGCUGGAUUGCCUAUGCUAUUACAACCGUUAUUGAUCUGCAUGUCCUACAUGGGUCAUCCGAGCCGCACAGAACUUGGUUCAGCACCUCGGUUUUCGUCUCCAUUCUUAUUGGGCUGUUCUCCACCUUCUUGUAUCAACGUUCCUCGUGGAGAUACUAUGCAUAUGGGGCAUUUCCUGUUUUCUUUUGGGAGGAGGUAUUCGCUCGAAGGAGAGCGCUGAUAGCAGGUCGUGAGAUUUUGUUGAGCCAUGUGCGGUCCAUUGGAGGCUACAUUACAUUUGCUCUACAAAGUGUACUCUUUCUUGGUGUAUUAGAAGCACUUGUACAAUCAUACUUUGAUCGGGAAAUAUACACCGUUUGUUUUGUUAUCGCUGCCUUCUGGCCUUUGUUUUCUGGUAUUGGAUUCUUGUCACAGCAUCGUUUGCUUUCAGGGACAUGGGCGGUGGGUUGUUUGCUAAUGAGCACCUUUACACUCUUGCCGGCUAUGAAGGUUGAGAGCACUACGGCGAUUACUAUCGGUGGAAUGCUUAUGUUCGUUGCCGGUAUCCUUUACCUUAUUUUCGAGGAAACCUUUGCAAGGGGAACCGGACAUACAAUAAGCGCGUCCGGGGCUCGCACCAUCAUGGGUGCACAGAUUGGUAUGAUCUUGUUGGCUACAAUUGUUACACGAUCAAGUGCGCUGUCAUUGCAGGCCAAGGCAGGCCUUCCGCUGGGCAAUCAGGUUGUUGGCUGGGCCGUAUUGGUGUCGUCACUCGUUCUUCCUUUCGCACACCGAAUGUAUCCGAAUAGUUCCUAUUUACACCGACUGGUGAUGAUAUACUUGACAUUCUCGCCGACAUUCGUAAUCCUCACCAUCUCCUACGAAGGGCUGUUCUACUUUGUUUUCUGUAUGACGCUGGCCACCUGGGUGCACCUAGAGCAUGCUCUGUACGCGUAUGCAAAGCAGCAGCCAGCACAAAUCAAUACGUCCGGGAGCACCGCAAAGACGACAAUUGUUGACGGCAAAACCUACAAAUAUCGCGCUCUGAGUGUUUCAGAUGCACGGGUAGCGCUGUUCUUCUUCUUCCUGCUACAAUCAGCCUUCUUCAGCACGGGAAAUAUUGCUUCGGUGUCGUCAUUCUCGCUGGACAGCGUUUAUCGAUUGAUCCCCGUGUUCAACCCAUUCACCCAGGGUGCCCUCCUAAUUCUCAAACUGAUGAUUCCAUUCGCGAUCAUCAGCGCCAAUCUAGGCAUACUGAAUAGGCGAUUAGAGGUUGCGCCCAGCGCGCUGUUCAUGGUGGUCAUGACCAUCUCCGACAUCUCAACGCUCAACUUCUUCUACAUGGUGCGUGACGACGGGUCGUGGCUGGAGAUUGGAACGACAAUUAGUCACUUUGUUAUUGCCAAUGUGUUGUGUUUCUUUGUUGCAGGGCUGGAAUUCGUGAGCGAGACGUUUGUUAGUGGAAUCAAUUUCCACGACGUUGCUGCGGCUGUCGAUCGCGACAGCACAACCAAGGAACUGACUGAUACUAUUACCCCAAACAGUGGUAGUAGCAGUACUAGUACUAGGACUGCUAAUAACAACUCCAGACAAAAACAACCAUCCUCGGGAGAUACCGGAACAACGGCCGUCACAACCUGACGCCGCAAAUCCUUCGUGUUGAAACGGGGUCUGAUCACCACCAACCAGUGCAAAAAAAAAGACGAUAAUCCUGUUUUGGAAGGAGCUCAGUUAGGGAGGAAAAAGAAAAAAGACGUUGCGCUAGCCUCUGAUUGGUGAUGAUUUAACGUCACCAGGCAUGAAAUACAUCAUUUAAUCAUUUUUUGUAUAGAAAGUUAUAUACUAAUAUAGUUCUACAACAAAGUUUCCAUACAUUCUUGGUCUUU